AUGAGUAACACGGAAGCUGAAAAUGAUGAAGAAACUCAACAACAUGAGGAAAAAAUUGAUUGGGAAUCACUGUUAAAUGCAGCGAAUGAUCCGGAUCUUACCGAAUUCCUGCAAUCACCGGUCGAUGAUGCAAUUAAUAUUCUCAAAACAGGACGAGAAAUCCAAAAACUAUCGAUAAUUCGAACACUGAACGAUUUGCUGGAAACCGACGGUGAUCAAGUUGUCGAAAAGAUCAUGCCAAUUGUCCAACAAAUGUUGAGUGAGGAAUGCUCGAAUUUGGAUAUGCAAUGUGAAGCAGCUGUCACCUAUAAAAAUAUUUAUCGAAAUAGUAAACUUACCGCUCAUGUUUUAAUGCGGCGCAGCAAAAAGAUAAUUGCAAUAACGGCAGCAGCAUGGUUAGAAACGCUUGUCGAAGUGAUCGAUCAGGUGCCCGUAUCGCAACUCAAACAGCUCGUUGUACCAUUAACAAUUUCACAAGCUGAAACAUCACAACGAGCACAACGACGUGUACUUGCAACUAAAUUAAUUAUUAAAUUAUGUGCAAAUUUAGAACCUAUUGAUAUUCGACGUGAUAUUAUGCCGUGUGUCCAAAUGCUUUGUAAUGAUCCGAAUUCGAAUGUGCGAAGUUCUAUAGCUCAAAAUUUGUCUGUUGUCGCUGAAUCGCUGAGGAAUCCGAAUGAUUGUGGAUUAGUGCCAUGUUUGCUUCAACUGUGCAAGGAUACUGAAAUUGGAACACGUGAGGCGGCAUUGAAUAAUGUCGCUCUUUGUAUUCCAUUUCUAUCAAAAGAGCAACGUAAAUGUUCAAUUGUUCCACUCUUGAAGCGUUCAAUCGAGCAAGCGCUAAGCGCUCAAGAUGAAACGCUUGGUGUGGUGGCUAAAAAUCUUGGCCAAUGGAUAGAUUUAUUGCAGGAUGUGUUAACAGUACGAGACCACAAUUGGUUCUUGGAUAUUUAUGUUCAGAUUGCCAAUCUAUCACGAUGUUCAUCAUCCAGUAAUGAUAGCAAUGUUUCAUCAAAUAUUCAAACAUCAGUUAGGCGCAUGUGUGCUUACAAUUUCCCUUGUAUGGUAUUGAAAUACGGUGAAAAUUUCUUCAAGGAUCGUUUGUUACCAAUUUUGGAAGGUUUUUGUGCUGAUCCAGACGAUGAUAUUCGAUCUGCAACAGCUGCGGGAUUUCAUGAGGUUGUAAAAUUGAUGUCGAAUGAACCAACUCUUCUACCACCAUUUUUUGAGUUGAUUCGUGGAAGUUCUGCUGAAGUCGUUGGACAUUUGAUGGGUAACCUUGAUCGAAUUCUUCCAGUACUCUAUAAAUGUGUUUCCGAGCAAAAUAAUUGUAAAAUCAGCAGAUUACAGUUGGAUCAUAUAAUAAUAGGAUGUAACCGACUGAUACGUAAAACAAGUUCCUGGCGGGCGCAACAUUCAUACCUAAAAAAUAUUGCCGUGCUACGAUAUUUAGUUCCCGUUAAGGAUCUCUUUAUCUCAUUUAUUCCAAUGCUCAAACAAGAGGUGCUAACUACGCGAGCGAUUCCGUGUCGUGUUGCUGCUUCAAUCACACUUCUUCUAUUUAUGAGAGAAAAUCCCUGCGAAGUCGAUCGCCAAUCAAUUAUCGACUUCUUUGUUCAUUCAAUCGCAAGGCAUCAAAAUUGUCACCGACGUCGAUUAUUUUUGGACAUGAUUCCGGAAAUUAUCGCCAAUUUCAGCCGCAAAUUUUUUCAUACGCAUUUUUUGAUUCCAAUUUUGGCAAUGGCAAACGAUAAAGUGACAAGCAUUAGGUUACAGUUGUGUCAUAUGCUUCCAAAAAUAAAAGCAAAUUUAUAUUUGCCGGAAGAUGAGGAGAUUUUGCGACGGAUGGAAGGAAUUAUUCGUGAAUUGCUUUCCAAAGAGCAAAAUUUAUCAACACGACAGUUAAUUCAAACAUAUGCAUGUGAGUUAUCACGAAGUGAGACUCGAAGUAAGAGUGACAAAUCGGAUGAGUUAAAAGAAAACGCUGAGAAUGAAAUUUGGAAUCAGAAGGAAGCAGUCAUGGAAAUUCUUGAAGAAGCAAACAACAAUGCUUUAGAAGAGCGCCUCAAUCAGAAAAGAGUCACUAACAAAGACGCUAAUCGUUUGGAUAAAGGCCUUUGGCGUACACAUAUACAACAUCCCAAAACGGCUGUUGUUAGGCCACAACCACAAGUUAUUGUCACACAACGUAGUCCAAGCCCGAUGCCACGUAGUUUUAGGACUAUAAUGGAAGAACGAAAAUCACGACUUCCAUUGGCUACCUCACAAAAUAGCAAAUUUUUAGAUACACAGCAUAAAACAGCAUCAACAGUUAGGACCGCUUUACCGCUGGCAAGUAGCAGAAGCAGUACUGAGGUAACAACGAAAUCUCGUCUUUCAGCAAACCGUAGAAAUUCAACAACUUUAGCUGCAAAACCACCAACCGGUUUAAGUGCUGAUAGGAUAAAUGCAUCAUCAUUGAAAGCACGUCGUUCCUCAAUGACCUCCGUUAUGUCUCGUUCAGUAUCGUCAUUAAACGGUGGUUUAACUCCGUCGCGAUCGACUGAUUCUGUCAUGUCAUUCGGUCAAGGUCUUAUCAAAGUUCGCAGUUUUUCAAAUAUUGCUAAAACACCUACCCAUUUGACUAUGAAAGUGAAAAGUAUUAACUGA